CUGGGCAGUGCAGGUGGGUGCUCGACCGGGGAAGACCACGGUGGGGGUGGGUGCUGCAGUGCUGGCAGUGGGGGUGCCAAUUCAGACACCCUCCCAGCCAUCAGCCCAGCCACCACCAACAGUGGGGGAACUGGCUGUGCUAGAGUACAGAAGGAGAGCAGUCAGCAAAGUGCCACCGUCAACCAGCAUACUGCUCCCACUUCCACUUCCAAAGACCUCAGUAUAAAGGGCAUGAAGGAAAAAAAGCCGUCAACCAGCUCACUGGGGUCUGGGGACAGCACACAGGUCAAGGUGGUGCGGGUUAUGGUGGAUGACUCAAAGCCCAAACACACUUCCAAAAAGAACAGGCCAAUCCAAGCAGACCUCGACGUGUCCAAGGAGUUCAACAGGUCAGUUGAAUUGUAGAAGUAGACCAAGAAUUCAGCUUUCCCUGCUUGUAUCUUCAGUAGCAAAAACACAAAAUAAGAAAUAAAAGUCCUAAUCUAAA